AUGCAGCUCGCCAUCCCCAUAUUCUCGGCGCUCUUGGUCGCCCUAGCCCACAACGCCGCUGCUACGACACCGCAAACGCCCCUGCAAUACAGGCCCAGCUCUUGUUCGCCCACGGGCUUGGAACUUGGAGGCGCAAAAGCGCUCAGCGAGUGGUCGUGGGUCGAUUGUGGCACAGAAACGGAUGUUGUCCACCUCCGCUCGCUGGACAUCUCCCCCGACCCGCCCGUUCCAGGCAAAGAGCUGACCGUGAAGGUCAACGGAACGGUCGAGCGACGCGUCGAGGACGGCGCCUGGGUCGAUGUGGUCGUCAAGAUCGGGGUAAUCAAGCUCCUUGCGCGAAAAUUCGACAUCUGCGAGGAGGCAGAGAACGCCAACGCCACCGUCCAAUGCCCCGUCGAGAAAGGCGAAUACGCGGUCACGCAGAGUUUCGACCUGCCCAAGGAGAUUCCCCCAGGGAAGUUUACGGUGCUUCUCCGAGGCUACACCGUCGAGGACGAGCCCAUGUUUUGUCUCGACAUUGUCGCGGAUUUCCGGCACCGAAAGUGA